GUGAAUUUUGUUUUGUAGCCAUAUCUAAGUAUCUAGUAACAAAAGUUUUUGAUGAGGACAGAAAUUUCCUAAUCGGGUAAUUUUUUUAAUUCCUUUUUAGAUUGUCUUUUUUUUAGCGUGGGGAAGAAAGCUUAACUUUUGCAUUUAAAUUGGAUUAAGGAAUUCUAUUGAUACGUAUGUUUUGAAGGGAAAACAUAUAUAUAACUAACCGAAAUUCAAUAGUUGGCAAUUCACUUCGACAAUUAUUUGAAAAGAAAAGUUGUUAACUUCCUUUCAAUAAUCUGGUGUAUUCACUUGUAUUUGUUGUUGUCACUCUUUACAUCAACUUGAAAAGAUUCAAGACCACCUAGUCUGGCAUAAUUCACUUCACUUUAUUUCAGUUCAAUUUCAAACUAUUUCAUUUCAUAUCCAAAAACAUUAAUCAAAAUUUUCCUUCUUCAAACUUUGCAUAACAUAAAAAAGUAAGCACAUCAUGACAACAGUGGUGGAUUUCAAUAAUACCCUUCGGUUUGAUCCUGAAUAUACAGCCGUAGAAGGUCUUUUCAAUCUUAUAGGUCAUAUGAAAAAUAAUCCUGCUCGAGGAACUGGUAUUGCAUUAUUAGUUGAUCUUAUUCAUAAUUUAUCAGGACCAAAUAUCCCUCCUACCAUUACUAAAUAUGCCAUUGGAAUUCAAAAUAAUUUAUUUGGUGGUUAUCCAACUCCAAGUCAAAUAGCUCCUAAUAUUGUAUUAACCGUAUUAUUUUUUAUAAUUGCUAUAAUACAUUUAGCUUUAUUUUUAAUUAAUUUUUCAAGAGGGCAUUAUUUUUGGAUUUCAUUAGGAUGGGUGAUUUAUUCUUUAAUGAGAGUGAUUGGAUUUGGUUUAAGAGCCAUUUGGGCUAGUGAUGUGACAUUAUUAGCUAUUGGAUUAACUAGUGAAGUAUUUAGUAUUAUUCCAUCGAUUGUUAUUGUAUCAUUAAAUUUAAUAUUAGCCCAAAGAUUAUUCACAUGGAGACAUCCAGUUGGUGGUUCUCGUAAAUUAUUUUGGAGUGUUAUGUUCGCAUUAUAUGGAGUUGUUAUAUUAUUAGUUGGAGUGGUUAUCUCAGGGUCAUUUAUUCCUUAUUUACAUUUUUUAAAUCAAACAACUUAUGAUAAUUUCAGAAUUGUGAUUAAAUCAGUUUCAAUUUUAAUCAUUGCUUAUAGUUUAACAGCAAUUGCAUUAAUUGGGUUGUCUUUCUGGUUACCAACAUCUAAGGAUGAAAAUUUAUAUACAUAUCAACCUUGGUGGAUUGAAAGUUUCAGUCCAUUCUAUUUCGUGGAAGCUGGUGCAGCUCAAAGAGCUGAAGAAACAUUCAUGAAAAGAAAUCAUAAUCAUAGACAUGCAGUCAGAGUCAUUGCUGCCACUCAUCAUCAUUAUAAAAUGGUUAAGGGUUUAAGUAAUCAAAGAGGUGAUUUAUCACAUAAUGUUUCAUUAUUAAUUAUUAUUGUCACUACCAUAUUGAUUUUAGUAGGAGCAAUUGGAAGAUGUAUAGUUACAUUUCAAACCAAUUUCAACCGUGAUGCCGGUGCUGCUGCCAAACCAAUUCUAAUGUUUGUAUGUUGGGGUAUUUUUGAAAUUAUUAUUAAUAUUUUAUAUAUUGUGGGUAGAGUUGAUCUUAGAUUUUAUCGUCCUGAUAUAUUACCUGCUAAGGUUAGAGCUAUUAUUACUGCUGAACAAUCAUAUUAUCCAUCUGAUGCUGAAGAUGAAGAUGAUGCUUCAUUUGAAAAGGAAGAUUUCCAACAUCAUGAACAUGAUGAUUAUCGUCAUACAGAAGGAGAAGAAGAAGAAUCAAAUGAUGGAGAAUGGAAUUUUGUCGAUGUUGAUGUUGAUGGAAGUUCAGUAUCAAGUUCCUUACCUAUUAAGAAUCAUCCACAACCUCCAUAUCCAGCUAAAGAAAAGAAUAGAAGAAGUCGGGAUACCGAUAAUGAUUCAGAAUUCAAUUUCUAGGCCAUUUCAUCUACAUAAUAUAUAGUACACAUUAAUGUAUUUUUUUUUCUUUUUUAUCUAUUUGUUACUACAAAAUGCAUGAUUCUAAGUUAUUAUAGUAAUGUUAACAUACAGUUAACUAUAUAGACGAUACAUCAUUUGUAGAUAGCUGGGAGGAGGAGUAAAAAUUAUUUUGAUGUGUCAAGAAUUUUUUUUUUUUUUG